GAGCGAUUGUUCUGCCAUGCGUCAUCAUUUUAUUGUUUCACUUUUAUAAGACGCGACUGUUGCACUUUUUUUUCUACAGAAGUGAAACAGCUCGUCAGGUAUUCUCCACACUAUCAUGCGAGGUCCACAGACGGGCAGAUGAACAGCUGAAUUCGAGCGUUAGAAGGAGAAGCGGAGACACUCGGACGAGACAUGGCGGGCUUGGAGGUGUUGUACACCUGUGUCGGCGACAGCAUCACCUGUCCACAGGACGCGCUCAUCUGCUUCGUGCACUGGGAGAUCAUCACGGCCGGCUUCAAGUGCCUGGGCUCUGGGGACGAGCCCGGCCCUGACGACAGGAAGUCCGAACUUCUUCCAGCUGACUGGAACAGCAACAAGGAGCUCUACGUUCUCAGGUACCAGGAGAAGAAUGGAGAUGAUCGACUGCUGCUCAAGUCUCUGGUCAUGGACUCCAACCUCAUCUUCCUCCUCAUGAACGGCGCCUCCAAACAGGUCGGGGACUUCACGGUCAACGUCAGUGACCAUGUGGACUCGGAGCAUCUUCACACGUUCGACAGGGUCUACAAGGACGUGGGCAGUCUGUCAGAGAAGGUUCGGAAACUUCUCCCUGCCUCCACUAGAACCAGCCAGCCGGAGGAGCAGCAAAGAGAAGGGAGGCGAGGCAACAGUGACCUGCAAUGCAUCCCCAGCAGACGCCCGAGACCCGGGACACAACCAGACAGGUUCGACCCGUUGGCUAAUCCAUUUGCUGCGGGUGGAUUGGACCUGGACCCGUUCGGGUCGCGUGGUGGUGGUGGAAUGAUUGUGGAUCCACUCAGGUCUGGGUACCCUCGUUCUGGUUUCGACCCAUCCAGCGGAAUCCCAGACAUCCUCCCGCCUGGUGCUGUUCCCCCAGGAGCUCGUUUCGACCCGUUCGGACCCGUCGGGCCCAACAGACAGAGCAGACCCGGGCCCGACCCGGAUCACCUCCCCCCGCCUGGCUACGACGACAUGUUCAUGUAGACACAGCUUGUGUGUUGAUCUCCCCCCUAGAACUACAUAGACCUCCCAACUGUCCCCUGGUGUGAGAUACUGCAGGCGGCCAGCAGGAGGAGCACUAGAGUCUGGUCCACGAUAAACAUUACAUGCGCUAAUCCUAAUCCACCUUUCUUUAUUAUGACAUUCACAUGUCGUUUCACUGUUUUAGGUUUUGAAGUUGAAUAAACAAAAGGCGUAAAAAUGUUUUAUUGAUC